CACUUUAAUUCGAAGUAUACAUUUGUGGAUGCUCCGGCUGACGACGCUCCACUGGUGGCGUCAAGGACACGGAAGCCUAGAAACCCUGAAGCCAAUAGCCACCACGGGUAACGCCGUCGCGAGUCGCCGCCGCAGCCGGUCUCCGGCGAUGGCCACUAACACCAGGAAACCUCUCUCCACCAGAGCCCCUGCCGUCGUCUCAGCCUCUCCGCCUGCGGCGGAUGAAUCUUUCAAUUUCUCCUCCAAUUCGACGGUGCCGAGGCUCCGUGUCUCCGGAGAUCAGCUGCGUCACUGCUCAGAGGCUCUCGAGAGCUUCAAAGCCAAGAGGUUCGGUUCUCCUCAGACGAUUCAUCAGGAGUUCCAGAUCUUGCAGUUUAGGGAUAAACUUCUUGAAUCUUCAGUGAUUGAGGUGAAGAUUUUAAUGCGAGAGAUUUUGGAUGCUUUAAGCCUGCCAUUUUACGGGUAUUGGCGAAGUUCUUUAUUUGCUGAUCAAAUUGACAUUUGUGGUUUUGAGGAAAAUAGGAUGACAGCUUCAGAGAUGAGGAAUAGAUGUACCGUGGCUCUCAAUGGCGUGAAUUACUCCAAGAACCGUUAUACAGACGUUUUGCCAUGUAUAUUUCUCACUUCUAAAAAUGUAUCUGGGUUUAUUGCGACUCAAGGUCCGCUUUCACACACUUCUGAGGAUUUUUGGGAAAUGAUACUCCAGUAUCGCUGCCCUGUAAUAAUUAUGCUCACUCGCUUGAUUGACAAUUACCAUAUAGUGUUGAUUGGUUUGGCAUCGUCUUAUUUGCUUAGUUUCCUUAUUUGCUGGAAAUUUGAAUUAAGUCUUUCAAGGGCCAUUACUUGUUUGCAUAAGACAGUGAAGUGUGUAGAUUAUUUCCAAGCAGAGGAUGGACCUAGAGAGUUUGGCAACACAUGCAUUUCCACAAAGUGGAUACAAACACUGGACAACUCAUUGAUAUUGCGAUGCUUAGAAGUUAAACACAAAGAGCCAGAGGAACCCCCGUUUUCUGUUUUGCACGUUCAGUAUCCUGAAUGGCCUGAUCAUGGAGUUCCGAUAGACACUUUUGCUGUUCGUGAAAUCUAUAAGAGAAUAUCUAAUGUGCCGCCCAAUCUCGGGCCUAUUGUUGUUCACUGCAGCGCUGGUAUUGGUAGGACGGGAACAUAUUGCGUUAUCCACAAUACAAUCCAGAGGGUUCUUAUGGGUGACAUGACUGCUUUGGACCUUGUUAAUACCAUAACCAGUUUUAGGUCACAGCGUAUUGGAAUGGUGCAAACUAUGGAGCAAUACCUGUUCUGCUAUGAUGCAAUUAUCGAUGAACUCGAGGACCUCACUGCAGAUGGAAAGACUCAGGGCAGUUUAUGAGGAUAUUUUCUCAUGAACUCGGCUCUCCAGUAUUCUCCUUUUAUAUUAUUAGUACAGGAAUGUAAUUCAUUCAAGUCCCCUCUUUACUAGAAUUUGGAGAAAAGACAUUCUCUGGUUGAAUAACGAUUCUCUAGGAGCCGUUAAAGCUAAGUAAGAGUAUGUCGUGGUAUUUUCGGAUUUAUGAUUGAUGCUCAAAUUGUGUAAAUUGGUGGAAGUUCUCUUAAAAAUUUGGAAUCUUUUGACAGAGAUGUUGUUGAUGUUCAUGUCUUAAUGCUUAACUCGAAAUUGUUGAUCGUGUUUUGCCGUUGUAUUUACAUCAUGUAGUGUUCCUGAAUGCUAGUAUCUUCAGAAUGUUCACUUACUAUAGUGUGCUCAGGAAUUUUGCUUAUCUAAAGUUG